GUAUCGUGAGUUAGAGGAGAAGCUGGAUUACCUGCAGAAGAGUUCAGCUCAGCGGGACCGAACUGAAGCUCUGCUCAAACAGAAAGACAAGGACUGUGCCCAGCUGGCCAAAGACUGCGAGGCUCUGAAAGCUCAAGCAACUUCUCUGCUAGGAGAACUGAACGAGAGACAGAGCUGCCUGGACAAAAGCGAGCACGAACGCAAAAUGUUGGAGGAAAAGCUGUGCAGUAAGAUGAAGGCCCUGCAGGUGGCAGAGCGGGAGCUGGAGCAACAGAGGAAGCAGCAUCAUGUGGCCAUGGAUAAGCUGCUGCUGCAGACCCAGAGCCUGGAGCAGGCCCUGAAGACAGAGAGACAUGUCGUCACAGAGGAGAAGAAAAAACUGACACAAUUGCAGCAUGCCUACACGUGUCUUUUUAGAGACUAUGAUUCCAAACUGAAGAGUGAGGGCGGCGAUCUGUGCAGCCGGCUAGAGGAGGCAGAGAGAGCGCUGGCCCUGAAGCAGGAUCUGAUUGAUAAACUGAAGGAGGAGGUGGAGCAACAGAAAGGAUCUCUGGAAACUGUCCCGGUCCUCACUGCACAGGUAACAACACUCAGCUGUAGAGUGUAACUGCACACAGAUCACUUUGUGCUUUCAUAUUGUUACAUCCAGCUAGGUUUGAAGAUAUGUAGUCCCCAACUUUUGCAUCACUGUACACUUAAUUUUGUGUGUUUUUUUCACUUUAUGGUCAUUAACAACAAUAAACAGGCAAUAACAGUGCAGAGCAAGAUCACCUUGAGAGGGGGUUUUAAUCAUAGACUGUAUACAAAGAUACGUCCCCACGAGGGUGAUGUAAUUGAGAGCCAGAGUCUGUGCAGUAGUGAUAUCCAUGGUGAGAGAGUCCCCAUCAAAACACCCGUCCAACCAAUCAUGAGCAGCGCCAUGGAACACGAGCAUACUGAUUGGCUGUCACAGCUGUC